AUGUCAGCAGUGCUCACCAUUCUGUUUGAUGACGAUGAAAAGCGGAAGAAGCUGCUUACACAUGGCAAGCGCAUGACUACAGCCACGAGCCUAACUCAGAAACAGAGAGAGAGAGAGGCAACAGACCGUGCGUCGCCCAAUCUCGAAUUUCGGGGUGGCAUCCGGAUCAGCUUAUCCGACACAUCUCACCGAGACGAUGACAUCGCAGUCUCGAGCUGGCAUUGUGUUUUCAUUGUGUUUCGAUGCAGCCCAUCCGCGUAG